CAUAAAUUUAAUUAAUAACGUUAUUGUCUGUGUAAGUUGUUAAAAACCGUUUUUAACUCAAAAAUGCACAUAAUAGAAGUUGUUAGCGAAUUAUUCAUAACUUUGCUCGAUUUCUACUUGGUCAUUACUGUCAAAUCGCAGCAUGCAAAAAAAUACAAAACAGCUGAUUGUGCUGUCACUCAAUUAUUCAUUUACUGCUUGAAUUUCUUUGAAAUUUUUUGUAUCUUUUCUUAAAAUAAAAAUUAACAAUAAAAAUGUCGCGAAAUAUCUAUCAAAGUCUAAAUUCGUUCCUGAAUCGUCUUGAAAGGUUUAUUUUUUUCGGACACCGGGGUCAACCACCAAUGGAAUUAGCUUUGGCCGGCAUGCCUAGUGUUGGGUUGAAUGCACCAGAUAUUAGGAAAUCUGAUAGAUUUAGCCUAAAAAAUCUGUUAGGUGACGGCAUUUUGUGGGCUGUGCCGAAGCAUCGUCGUACCAUUGAAAAACGCCUAAAUCGAAAAUUUGGUUUGCCUGGAUAUAAUUGGAAGCCAUUGGUUGCUAAAACCAACUUGCGCUCCUGUAAUCAAUGUGGUCAUGAUCACGAAUUGGGUGUACUAUGUCCUCACUGUUACAAAAAAGUGGAGCAGGAAACUCGUUUAAUGCAAGAAAAAAUUGAGCAAAAGUUGGGACUGGAGCCAAUUGAACAUGAAGUCGUGGUCCUGUAUCAAGGGGAACAAAUCGAGAAAGUUGAAAAUGGAAGCAACGAACGAAAAGUGCGCGUAGUGGAAAUGGAGAAACCACGUCCUGUUUGGUUUAGCAAAAAUCUAAUGCAGAAGACUACAGCGCAGCCGGCAGAUACAAAGGAAGUUAAGCCCUCGAAUUUGGGCUGAAUUGCGCACAUUUUUAUAAUAAACAAAAAUAUUAUACUCUGUAGCAACAUGUUGCGAGAGUUUAAAAAUAAAAAUAAAAAUAAAACCUAUUAUCGUCAAAAUUGUUAAAGUAAUAAAUAUUUGUACAUCCGUCAAAUGAACUUUAUUUACUUGUGAACGAAUGUA